CUUCUUGAUUUUACUCCAAGCUCCAAAAAUAUAUGUACCAGAUAUAGAAAUUUUUGUUUUGUUGUGAGUUUGCUGAGAUGGGGUGUUAUAUCUAGGUUAGCUUUUGGAUAUGAAUAUGAUGAUGUUGCAGCAGUUAACUAUUGCUAUCAACUGAAGUUUGUAUGGAUCUCUCUCUUUGUUUCUUCUGCUGCUUGGCUUUUGUUUCUUCUUCCAUCCUUGUUUUGUUUUUCUUGCUAAUUUGUUCAGUCAAAAGAGGCACCAAGCAAGAGACCAAGCACUCCUCAAAACAUCGUCUUUCAGGUGGAAUGAACAUCAUGAUGAUAAUGCCAAGCCUCAUACAGAGACUUAGAUCCCUUGUGGGUUUGAAAGGCUGGGACUUUUGUGUUAUCUGGAAACUGAGUGAAGACCAAAGGUUCAUUGAGUGGAUGGAUUGUUGCUGUUCAGGGAUUGAAAUCACCCAAUAUGAUGCUGGACAAGAUCUUCUUUUCCCUCCAGUCCUUCCUUGUAGGGAUACCAUGUUACAGCAUCCAAGAACCACAGCUUGUGAUCUUCUUGCCAAAAUGCCUUCUUCUCUACCCCUAGACUCCGGGAUUUAUGCAGAGACCUUGAUAUCAAACCAACCCAGUUGGUUGAACUUCUCUAAUAACACAUGUUUAAGUACUCUAGAGGAAACAGUUGGUACCAAGGUUUUGAUUCCAAUACCAGGAGGAUUAAUUGAGCUGCUUGUUACCAAACAAGUAUUUGAAGAUCAGCAUGUUAUUGAUUUUAUCACAGCCCAAUACAGCAUCGCAAUGGUGCAGGACACCCUCGAUAACAUAACCGGUACGAGUAUAAUGAGUGAAAUCGAAUCAAAGAACCUCUUAGAUAAUGGAAAUGAUCAAAUGGAUAUCAACAAUGUUCAUUUCCAGCCACCCCUUUCCUCUAGAAUUUGUUCAAAGUUAGAUAAUCUGAACCUACCAUAUGAUGUCUCCAUGGGUACAAUAAGCAAUUCUCCAAUCAACUUCUUGCAGCAAUUUACUAAUUACAACUUGGGAAACAGAACCAAGAAUAGUAUUGAUGUUUCUUAUGGACAUUCAUCACAUGAACCAUUUCUUUCAGAUAAACAAAUGGACCCAUUUAUUUGCUCAGCAGAAAACGGGUUUCAAGAGAUGGAGGCAAUGCAAAGGUCCAUGAUGGCUGAUGAGACACAACAACACAUGCAUAUGCAAUACAUGGAGGCAUUAGCACCUGACAUGGAUCUGCAGGACGGCAACGAUAAGCAGGACUCAAUUAUACAUGACGAAGGACCAGCUGCAGAUGGACUGUCGGAUUGCAGUGAUCAGAUUGAUGAUGAUGAGGAUGAUGCAAAAUACCAGAGAAGGAGGGCAGGGAAAGGGCCUCAAGCCAAAAACCUUGUUGCUGAGAGAAAGAGAAGGAAGAAGCUUAAUGAAAGACUUUUUGCUCUUAGAGCUUUGGUUCCCAAUAUUUCCAAGUUGGACAGGGCUUCCAUUCUUGGGGAUGCAAUCGAGUAUGUGCAGGAGUUGCAGAAGCAAGCUAAACAACUUCAAGAUGAGCUUGAUGAUCAUGCAGAGGAUGAAGGUCCAAAGAACUCUGGCAUCACUGGCCACCACAACAAUACACAAUCAGAGAUUCAAAGUGGACUUGACCCUGGGGGGCCUAAAACUGAUCAUCAACACGAUAGUGUCUCCAAACAAAGCCAAGAUUCAGAUGUUAUCCAUGACCACAAGACACAACAGAUGGAGCCCCAAGUGGAAGUGGCUCAAUUAGAUGGAAAUCAGUUCUUUGUUAAAGUGUUCUGUGAGCACAAGCCUGGUGGAUUUGUGAGAUUGAUGGAGGCUUUGAGCUCUCUAAGCCUGGAAGUUACUAAUGCCAAUGUGACUAGCUUCAGAUGCCUCGUGUCCAAUGUUUUCGUCGUAGAGAGAAAGGAUAGUGAGAUGGUUGAAGCUGAUGAUGUGAGGGACUCCUUGCUAGAGCUAACAAGGAACCCAUCAAGAUGGCAUAGUGAGAUAGCUAAAGCUGAAGAGAAUGGCGUCGGCUUCGACAACCAUGACCAUGAUCAUGACCACCACCUACACCUCCACAACCGCCAUUUUAAUUCCUUCCACUUGCACCAUCUUCCUAAUGAAACAUGAAGCAUCAGUGUUUUAUAUGGAAAAAAGCACUAGUUUGAGUACUUUAUUUGUUUAUUUGUUCACUUUGGUAGAAGCUUGCAGACAUAUUCUACAUAUCUUAAAAUUCAGUUCGAAUCAACAUUUAAUGCAAUUUCAGUUUGAAGAAGUAUUUGUAGUAGCAACCGGACUUAUAAAAAUAUGUUAUC